UGGCACCACCCUCCACCUCGCUAGGAUCCUGGGCCGGGCGGCCAGAGUUGAGCCCGGCAGUGGCUGGGAGCAGCUGCUUUGGGGGCGGAAAGUCACGUGAGGCUUCUUGGUCCUGUGGGUGGAGACGAAAAGCUGCGGUUAAGGAGGGUCGGAUGUAACCCUCACAGGGAAGUGCGCUCAAACGGGAUCGCGGAGUGGGCUGAGAUAGUGAAUUCCUAAGAAGAAAAUAAUGGAUUUCAUAUUAGUUGUUCUCUAAGUGUUUGGACUCAGCAUUGUGAGGUUUAUUGCAAAGUCUAAAAGAAGAUGGCAACUCCUUAUGUCCCAGUUCCUAUGCCCAUAGGGAACUCUGCUUCCAGUUUUACAGCCAACAGAAACCAAAGAAGUUCUUCUUUUGGGAGUAUCUCAACAAGCUCAAACUCUUCCAAAGGCCAGUUAGAGGACUCAAAUAUGGGUAAUUCUAAACAGACAAGUGUACCCGAUCAAAUGGAUAGUACUUCAUCUGUCUGUAGCAGUCCCCUCAUUAGGACUAAAUUUACAGGUGCAGAUUCUUCCAUUGAGUAUUCUGCUAGACCAAGAGAAAGUGAAGAACAAAAUCCUGAAACAGUAUAUUUGGAAGAUAGACCUUCUACACCUACUAUACUGGGUUAUGAAGUGAUGGAAGAAAGAGCUAAAUUUACUGUAUAUAAAAUACUAGUAAAGAAGACCCCAGAAGAAAGUUGGGUAGUUUUCAGAAGGUAUACUGACUUCUCUAGACUUAAUGAUAAAUUAAAAGAGAUGUUUCCAGGCUUUCGAUUAGCACUUCCACCAAAACGCUGGUUCAAAGAUAAUUAUAAUGCUGACUUUUUAGAAGAUAGACAACUAGGAUUACAAGCAUUUCUUCAGAAUUUAGUGGCUCACAAAGACAUUGCUAACUGCCUUGCAGUGAGAGAAUUUCUUUGUCUGGAUGAUCCACCAGGUCCAUUUGAUAGCCUAGAAGAAAGCAGGGCUUUCUGUGAAACUUUAGAAGAGACAAACUACCGUUUUCAAAAAGAACUACUCGAAAAACAAAAAGAGGUGGAAUCACUGAAGAAACUGCUGCAUGAAAAGCAACUUCAUAUAGAAACUCUAGAGAGCAGAAUCAGAACAUUGUCUUUAGAACCUGAAGAGUCAUUGCACGCAUCAGAAACAGAAGGUGGACACAUCCCAAAGGUGGAGUCCUCCUCACUUGAAGUUGAUCAAGAUGUUUUGCAUGAGGAAUCUAGAACUGAUGAUAAGCCAUGCUUAAGUUUUAAUGAACCUGAAAAUUCUGUAUCAGACAUAGAAGUUGCAGAAGUGGCAUACAAUGCUGAAGAAGACUAAUACAUGACAAGCAGUUCCUUCCAUGUAUAUGUUUCAGCAAAUUUAGAAUAGAAUGGCAAAUAUUUAAAAAGAAAAAAGAGUGAAGCAUUUACAGAAAACAGUAAGAUUGCACAUGUAAAAGUUUACAUAAAGAAAAGUUUUUUAAGUUAUUGGGAUAAGAAAUGUAUUCACUGCUGCUUUAAAUUGUCUUUUAUCCAACCUUUGUAUUUAAUACACUAAAAAAAAAAAAUUAAGUU